GGUGACCCGCGGGGACUGAAGUGGAGCCCACCCGGGACCGAAUCCCGGGAGGGGGAGGGGGCAGGGCCCCCUCAGGUUGGGGUCUCGACACCCCAGUCCCUCUGUGGUCCCCAGCUGUGAGUCCCUCAUGCGCGCCAGCUGCGUACGCGGCGGAUGCCCCACACCUGCCGGAGUCUUCUCUACCCCCAGCUGUGAGGCGGAAACUUCCCCAGUCCCGGAAGGCGCCCCACACCAGCUGCGGCCGUGCCCCAUCUCCACGCAGCUGCGGGGCUGAGCACCCGCAUGCCAAGAACCCGCGACUAGGGCAGGUGCAGGGCGUUCCCACUGCCCCCCUAACCACCCCCAGGUUUUCCUCUGUGGGUCUCUGAUGGGGUUAGAGAAAGAUUAUGUGGAGUUUAUGUGCCCCGCAGCCUCCACUGCUCUUGGGAGCUCAAGGGCUUACUAAAGCUGUAGCUUCGUUUCCUAGCCUGGCGUCCCCUUUCGGUAAAUCCCUUUGGAAGUGGGAUGCAGCAGGGGCAGACACUGCGCUGAAUCUUGAGAGCGACCUCUCUGAGGAAUGAUAUCGUUUCCUUACUCUCAAAAGUUCCCCAAAUAGCCUCACUCUUCCCCCCAUAUACCCCAAUACUCUGGCUUGGAAAGGCUGGUGAGUGUAGAGGUAGGCUAAACCACUGGCGUUCAAUUUGGUUUUGGGAGACCCCUGGGAACUGGGCUACUGCCCCCAAGGCCUAAUCAAUAGAGACCCCACCUCUAUAGGCAGAGGGGUUGGGGAACCGCAAUUCUGGGUUUCCACAGGACAGCUGUUAUGAUCAGCUCUCAAACAGAAAGGUCAGGAUCCAGCCAUACCUCAGUGGACCCCAGGGGCAUCCUGAAGGCAUUUCCCAAGCGGAAGAAAAUUCCUGCCAAUUCAUCAUCAAAAGCAUUUGCAAAGAUUCCCAAGAGAGAACACGGAGAAGCAGCAGGAGAGUGGCUGAGCUCCCUGCGGGCCCAUGUAGUGCCCACUGGCAUUGGGCGAGCCCGGGCAGAACUCUUUGAGAAGCAGAUUAUCCAGCAUGGUGGCCAGAUAUGCCCUGCCCAGGCCCCAGGGGUCACUCACAUUGUGGUGGAUGAAGCCAUGGACUGUGAGCGAGCCCUCCGUCUCCUUAGACUGCCCCGGCUGCCCGCCGGUGCUCAGCUGGUGAAGUCAGCCUGGCUAAGCUUGUGCCUGCAGGAGGGAAGGCUGGUGGACACGGCAGGAUUCAGCAUCUUCAUCCCCCACAGGUACCUGGACCAAACACAGCUCAGCAAGGCAGACCAAGACUCUUCUACUCCUCCUAGAGCCUGUGAGGCUCUGCUCCGUACAGCCCUCUCUCCUUCCCCUUCUCCUACCAGACUUGUGUCUCCUCCCCGGAGGGCAGAAGAGGCUCCAAGCAUCCAAGCCCAGCCUGUCUCUGAUGAUGAAACCAGUGAUGGGGAAGAGACCCAGGUUAGCGCAGCUGAGCUGGAAGCUUUGAUCAGUGGCCGCUACCCUACCCUCCUUGAGGAAGAGGAUGAGCCUUGCCCAGCUCCUGAGGGCCUGGAUAAGUGGGUCUGUGCACAGCCUUCGAGCCAGAAGGUGACCAACCACAACCUCCACAUCACAGAGAAACUGGAAGUGCUGGCCAAAGCCUACAGUGUUCAGGGAGACAAGUGGAGGGCCCUGGGCUAUGCCAAGGCCAUCAAUGCACUCAAGAGCUUCCACAAGCCUGUCACCUCCUACCAGGGUUUCCGGAGCCUAGAAGACAUCCGCAACCAGGCCUCCCUGACUCCCCAGCAGGCCAUUGGCCUGAAGCAUUACCAUGACUUCCUGGAACGCAUCCCCAGGGAGGAGGCUACAGAGAUUGAGCAGACAGUCCAGGAAUCAGCUCAGGCCUUCAACCCUGGGCUGCUGUGUGUGGCAUGUGGUUCGUACCGACGGGGGAAGGCAACCUGUGGUGAUGUGGACGUGCUGCUCACUCACCCGGAUGGCCGAUCUCACCAGGGCAUCCUCAGUCGCCUCCUUGACAGCCUUCGGCAGCGAGGGUUCCUGACUGAUGACUUGGUGAGCCAGGAGGAGAACGGCCAGCAGCAGAAGUACCUGGGUGUAUGCCAGCUCCCAGGGCCAGAGCGGCGGCACCGACGACUGGACAUCAUCGUUGUGCCCUACAGCGAGUUUGCCUGCGCCCUGCUCUACUUCACCGGCUCUGCCCACUUCAACCGCUCCAUGCGGGCUCUGGCCAAGACCAAGGGCAUGAGCUUGUCAGAGCACGCCCUCAGUACAGCUGUGGUCCGGAACGCCCAAGGCCUCAAGGUGGGGUCUGGCCGAGUGCUGCCCACCCCCACUGAGAAGGAUGUCUUCAGGCUCUUAGGCCUACCCUACCGAGAACCAGCUGAGCGGGACUGGUGACCCAUGGCUGCAGGGGAGGGGGCGGCAAGCUGGACCAGCUACUCCCCCGGCCAUCUGCUACUCCUUUCUGUCCUCAGCUGGCCGAACCUCACUGCUUCAACCACCAGCUCCUUGGGCCUGAGGGAAAGGGCCAGCCUGGCUCCCAGGGUGUGCUCAGCCCUCUCCCCAGCAGGAGCAGGCUGCUGUCCCUUCUACCUCACCACUACCCCUGGUAGAGUUUUGCACACGGCCCCUUGCUCCAUUCUAAGCAGGAACAGGUGGCUGGUCUGAAGCCAGCUUCCUGUGCUGAAGGCCCAGGCAUUCACCCUUCCCUACCCUAAGGAGGGUCUAGCUGCUGGGGGUGGGAUGGGGGCUGCAGAGGGAGAAGCAAGCAGCUGUGGCCCAGCAUCACCCAAGACCCUUUGGAGCAGGAGAACAAACCACUCCGCGUGUGCUCCCUCCUCCCACCCCGCUUCCUGUGCAGCUGGAGGUGUGGGCUGGGGGCACCCCAGGCUCGGUGAGGACAGCAUUUGAAGGCUCAGGGGCCCAGUAAAGUGCCUUUGACAUUCAACCUGCCUGGUGUCUGAGCUCCUGCAGCCUCUGCCUGCCUUCUGACCCCUGGGCAGAGACAGAGAUGGGAGCUGAAUGAGAGCCAAGAAAGGCAAGUUAACUGCUCUCUAAACAUGCCUGGCCUGAGGCAGCUCCUGAACUCAGAAGGGGGCAGAGUGAACGUUAAAAGAGAGAAUUCAUGGAGUCAGGCAUUAGGUACUUGUAUCUGCCCAUCUCCUGUGGGCCCUGCUGUAGCAUAGGCUAUCUGGGGACAUGAACAAAGGUGACAAGGCUCAUUAGGAGCAACUAAAUGGUGACUUCUGUGCUACUGACAGGGCUGAGGCAGUCGGGGAAGGCUGCCUGGAGGAAGAGGGGCCAGGCUGGCAGGGAAAUAGCCUAUUUGAGGUAGGUGAGCAGGCUCUGUUUGGGAACAGCUGAGGAAUGCACUUUAGAGAGGAUGCUGUAUGCUGGGAGUCAGGGGAAGGCCAGGCUGCUAGAGGACGUAAAGUCCAGCUGAGGGGCUUAGUUUGAUAGAGUGGAGAGCAGCAAGUCCAGCUCGUGGGAUCAGGGUGGUUUUUGGAGGCUGGACCUUGUAGGACAGGGAGAAUUUGGUGAGGGGAGGAGAGGAGUAUGGAAGAAAGUUUGGGCAUACCAAGUGUGGAGAAUAACGGACACAGGCAGGAGAAGGAGGCUGUGUUGGAGGAGAAGCAAGGAGCCUGGGGAGGCUCCGUGAUGUGGGGGAUUUUGAGGGGAGCUCAGGCCGCAGAGAUGGGCUCAAACCUGAGUGUGCCAGCUGUGAGGCAGGGUGGGAGGCGAGUGCCAAGUACUGCAUCUCUGUCAGUACCUUGCAGAGUCCCAGAGCUGGCUUUUGUUGGCCCGUUCUCAGUCGGGGGAUCCCAGAAGCCUUAGAGUGGGCCCCCCAACUGUGGUUCAGAAUCCUGAAGUCCAAGCCGUGGGGCCUUGCUGGCAUGGCUCAUACAAAGGAGUCAAAAGCCAUGGAGUCUGGGGGCCCCUUUCACUGCUCAGUACCAACAGUGACAGCCACAUCAAAGGCCCAGAAGCUGCUGUGAGGGGGGAACCUCUCCCUCAGAGCUUCUACUCCCAGGGAGGCAUGGCUGUGCAAGGCCUGGAGUGGAUGAGAGGAGCUGUGAAAUCCCUCUGCCCUCCAGGUGCUAGGGCUGCUUUUGGACCCGCCUACUGCUCCUUCUGUUGUGGACUGGGCCCUCAGUGCCUGCCACCAUCGCCAGCAAGGGUCGGAGCUGGCAGCAGCCCAAAGCCUGGGGCGUCUGGGUCCAAAUGUAGACGUUGCUUCUCUCCUUUUGCUUUCCACUUCAGCGCUCUAGCCUGCUCAGCAACCUUUCCAGCCCCAGAGGAAUGGGGCCUCCAGGGCUUGGAGAAGAGGGAAUCCGUAGGUCCCCGGUGGUAACUUGGCCAAUUAACCCCUUCCUGCACACAGGGAGUUCCCAGACUACAGGGAGGGAUAGUGCUGACUUCUUUGUCUGAAACCAGGAGCCUGGUCCCCAUUCCUGACACACACACACCCGCUGCAUCUGCCUUAACCCCUGCCCCCAGAAGACUCAGAAAUCCGGAGUCUGCCUUCAAACAUACAAACCCUGGUCUUACCUCCUGACCAGGGCAGCGGGAAGUCCUGGAUAAAAAGGAAGAGUGCCACACCCUCCAGAGAGACCCCUCCUGGCGCUCUGAUCUUCUUGGCUGCUGAAUCUGACAAAGAAGUCCGGGAGAAGAACUGAUCAAGGGACUUCUGUGCCUUGAAAAAGGCUGUGCAGUUUGGGGGAGGGGUGGUAAGCAAAGAGUGUGCGUAGGGGCUCCCCAGCCACUUCAGAGCCUGACCCUGGUUCUUGGGCAGGCUCUCAGCCCAGUGCCCCAACCUGCUGGAAGAGGAGACUGAAUUUUGGAGCGCUAGUGGGAACUGGCGUCCUGUCUGGCAACUGAGCACCCCAGACCACCACCCAAUCACCACCUGGUCCUGACGAGAAGGAGAGGAGCCCCACAGCCUGCUUCCUGCCUUUAGCUCAGCUGUCGUCACUCUGUCCCUGAGCCAGAGCUGUCCCUGGCCAGCCACAUGUGUGGUAGGCAGAAUAAUGCUCUCCUAGAGAUGUCCACAUCCUAAUUCCUAGAACCUGUGAAUAUGUUUCCUUACUUGGCAAAAGGGACUUUGCAGAUGUGAUUAAGGAUUUUGAGAUGAGAUUUUCCUGGAUUCUCCAGCGUGGCGAAUUUAAUCAUGAGUCCUUAAAAGUGGAGAACCUUUCCCUGUUACAAUCCGAGAGAGAGAUGUGAAAGAUGGAAGGAAGGUCAGAGAGAUGCGAUGUUUCUGGCUUUAAGAGAGAGAGGGGCCCACCAGCCAAGGAAUGUGGGCAUCCUCUAGAAGCUGGAAAAGGCAAGGAAACAGAUUCUACUCUAGAGCCUCCAUAACAGAACCCAGCCCUGCCAACACCUCAGUUUUAUUCCAGUGAGACCUGUCAGACUUUGAAACAAUAGAACUGUGCAGUAAUAACUUUGUGUUGUUUUAAGCCACUAAGUGUGUGGUAAUUUAUUCCUGCAACAAUAGAGAACCAAUAGACGGGG